UAAAUCACUUUUAAAAGUUAUUGAUUUUGUUAGAUAAGAGUAAUACAUGCCAUUCUUUUCUUUUUUUUCAGCAUCCAAAAUUAGUUAAAUUCAUACAAUUCAACAAUGUUUAAUUUGUUUCUACAAUUCUUGCAACAACUAUUUUUGUACCCUUUCACCCUCCUCCCUCUUUCACUCUUUGUACUUGUGUUGUACAAGACUCUUUCUGCAAAUUCUUCCAAUGUCAGAAAAAACCGGCCACCGUCGCCACCACGGCUACCAAUCAUCGGGAACCUCCACCUGAUAGGAGAAUUACCACACCAGUCCUUUGCAUCAUUAUCCCAGAAAUAUGGCAAGAUUAUGUUGCUUCAUUUCGGACGCAAACCCAUCUUUGUAGCAUCAACUCCUGAAGCUGCCCGUGAAAUCUUGAAAACCCAGGACUUAACAUUCUGCAACAGGCCUGAAUCACGCGUUACCAGCAGAUUCUUCAAUGGCUGUAAGGAUGUGGGAUUCUCUCCUUACGGCGAACAAUGGAGGAUGAUGAAGGGUCUCUGCAUUACGCAGUUAUUGAGCAACAAAAAAGUUCAAUCUUACAGAAAAAUGAGAGAAGAAGAAGUAGCUCUUGUUGUCGAAGAGCUAAAGAGAUCAAACUCAUCAGUAAUAAACUUGAGUGAGAUUAUUAAUACGCAAACAUAUGAUUUGAUAUGCAGGGCAACUUUUGGAAGGAAGUAUGGUUAUAACGAUGAAGGAGGUUUCAAUUUUAAGGAAUUGAUGGAUGAAACGAUGAUAUUGCUCGGGAUUUUUACCGUUGCAGACUAUAUUCCUUGGCUUGGUUUGAUAGAUCGGGUCAAGGGUUUGGAUCGUCGGAUGGAAAGGGUUGCAGAGGAGUUGGAUGAGUCGCUUGAUAAAGUAAUGCAAGAACAUCAAAAUCGUUUGAUCGCUAAGAAAAAGAUCAGUUCUGAGUCUGGCCAAGGAAAGAAUAUUGCAGAAAAUUUUGUGGAAUAUUUGCUAGAGGAUCAUAUGGAGGACAAGAAUGCUCUUACAAUGGACGAUGUCAAAGCCAUUAUAUUGGAUGUGUUUGCUGCUGGAGCAGACACAACUUAUACACUGCUAGAAUGGACAAUGACAGAGUUGCUUAGGCAUCCCAAAGUCAUGAAAGAAUUACAACAAGAGGUAAGAAAUUUCAUUGCAGGAAGCAAAAAAGGAGACAGUAUGUUAAUGGUAAAUGAGGAUGACUUGGAAAAACUAACAUAUCUAAAAGCAGUGAUUAAGGAAUCACUUAGGCUACACCCUCCAGCUCCAUUGUUGGUUUUUCGACAGACGUUGCAGGAUGCCAAAAUCAAUGGUUUCGACAUCAAUGCAGGGACUCAUGUGUAUAUAAACGCAUGGGCUAUUCAUAGAGACCCAACUUAUUGGGAAGAACCUUUGGAUUUUCGCCCCGAGAGGUUUCUAAACACAAGUUUGUUUCCUUUCAAGGGACAAGAUGAUUUCAAAUACAUCCCGUUUGGAGGUGGUAGAAGAAUUUGUCCUGGAAUAAGUUUUGCUAUGGUUAAUGCUGAACUUAUGCUUGCAAACCUCGUGUACGAAUUCGACUGGAAAAUGCCAUCAGAGUGUGGGGAGUUAGACAUGACUGAAUCAGUGGGUAUUACAGUUCACAAGCGAGAUCCUCUCAUGCUAAUUGCAUCUCCUUAUGCUUAAGGUCAUAAUUAAGCUAGCUAUCUUAAGUGCAAUUUUUAAAUAAAAGUGGAAAUGAUUAAUUAGUGCAUGUUUGCUAUGGUUUGUUCUUGUCAUUAUUGUUGUAAGAUUAGUAAUACUGUUUCUUAAUGUUCCCACCGGUUUUGAUUUGCAUAAUAUUAAGACAAACGAGAGAUUAUAUUGUAAAAUGGUGGGCGGAUAUAACAAAUAAUACAGUAGUAAUAUACGAAUUAUAUGAAUCACAAUCACUACUACAAAAAUUGUCGAUUAACAGCGGUCAAAACU